CAUGUGUGGUUGAAACCUGCCACCGCAAGGGCCCAAGCACAAGCGUCCGCCAUGCAAGCACCACGAGCUUGGCAGAGUUGCAGUAACAGAUUGGGCACGCAAUGCAACUGUUCGACCAAAUGCCAAAACGAAGACGCAUAUAUGGCGUAAGUCAGUAGCCUUGUCUGAUUCCCGGAAUCAGCAGAAUCCCAACACACGUACCUGAUCCCUCUCCUGCUUUUAUUGAUCUCUUUUCACCUGCUUUCCUCUUCUGCAACAUCAAUCUUGCAGCCGAGUUGCGGUUGUUCUUUUGACUCGAUUACUUGUAAAAAGCCCUGCGCCAGCUCUUGUCCUUUUUCUUAUGCUACUCUGGCUCGCACUCCAUCUUAUCUCCUCACUUGCCCAUCAAUGCAUUCAAUACCUGGCUGGCCUAAUCCUCCUCCUCCUCUCCUUCAUAUUGGUGUUAUAAAUCCCAGAGAAAAAGCAGCGGAGCACACUCAUCAAUCAGUUCCCCUGCUUCUCUUUCUCUCCUCGGCAGCUAGAAAUGGGCCUUCUCCACUGGAUCAGCUUCCUUCUCUCAUUCAUUCUUCUUUCCACUGCCUUCAACAAUUCAGUCGAAGGGAGAUCAUUAUUCAGGUUUCUGGAAAUCCCAAGUGAAAGAGGAGAACAGACAAAGGUGAGAACUUUGAUCGGAUCAAGGCCACCAAUGUGUGAGAGAAGCUGCAGAGCAUGCGGCCACUGUGAGGCAGUGCAAGUGCCAGUGAUCCCACAAGCAUUGAACAAGGAUCGAAGCAAGAAACUCCAGGCCUCGGCCUCUGAUUCGAGGGGUGACAUGAGCUCCAAUUACAAGCCCCUCAGUUGGAAAUGCAAGUGCGGGAACUUGAUAUUCAAUCCUUAAUUCCAUGCAGGAUCACUGAAUUAUAGAUAAUAGAAUAGACACUGCUUUAUCUUCUUCUCUUCUUCUUGUGUGGCAUCGGAGCUUAGAUUAAAAAUAGACAGAGACUCAGUCCGACAAAGGGUCCGUGAAGGGACACGACAACAUUUUGUACAGUUAAAUGCUCACACAGCACGCCAUUCCAUCCCCAUGAAAGGCUAUGUCACAGCACAGUGCCCAACCCAGCUAUCUCGUCUUAUUAUGUUAUUAUAUAUAUAUAUAUGGAUUACUGUUUUGCAAGCAAAAUUGGGGUGCAGAAAAGAUUUCUCCUCCAUGAGAGGGGAAAUACUGUUUGAAGUGUGUGCAUUGAUGGGGGCAUUCCAUUGAUGUCACUCCAUAGCAAAAGAGAUGAAAAGGAUUAGGCAGGCAAAUAACGGAGUAUCUCUCAUUUUGUUUCCGGCCAAAUACUAUAGACGAUCAAAUCAUCAAACAAUGAGCGAACUGACGUGCAUAUUCAUUGGAGAUCUUCCAUGGGGAAGAUGGGAAGACCUAAAAUGCAUUUCAACAUAAAGUUAGAAUGGUACCAGGAGGAAUCUGGACAUGUCACUCCAUUAGAAUUUACU